GGGUGUCCACUCGAGCAUAGGUGGCAGUCAACACCUGACGAAAACUCACUGGCGAGCAAGUUCACCGUCCAGCGGGUGGACACCGCUCUUCAGCUGAGCAAGUCGAGUCAGUCCACGAAGGAGGCAGAGCACCAGCCUCAUGAAUCGGAUUCGGAACAAAAUUGGUUAGAUCUCGGGUGUUUCACAGAGGAGAAGACAAAGUGGCUUCGAUUGAUGACGAUGGAAGGUUCAUCAUUUCAUGACGCCAUGUACCACUCAGUGAUCGCCUCC